GUGUGGAUAUCAUUGUUGACUGUCUCUCUGGCUCAGACUUCAUUCGUUCUCAGAAGAUAUUGAAACAUAUGGGUCGUUUGAUUCAUGUUGGUAUCAGUAAUAUGAUUGGAGGAGAGAAACGUAGUUUACUGCGAGCAUUGAAAGUCUGGUGGCAAAUGAAAAAUAUAAGUCUGUUGAACUUGGUCAAGAACAAUCAUGCCGUGUGUGGAUUUAAUUUGGGAACCCUUGCCGAGACUGAUCCUACCCGGGUCAAGGAGAUAAUGGGUCAUCUUUUGAGCCUUUACGAAGAAGGCAAGGUUAAACCAAGAAUUGAUUCCGUAUGGACCUUUGAUGAGGUGGUCAAUGCUACGAAGAAGAUGGUACACAGAGAAAACGUAGGAAAGUUGAUUUUGGUGCCUACUAAAGAGAGGACGGAACCGGAGACCUCGGACAAAACGGAUGGAGACCCCGCUUCUCAACUGGAAGAUUUAGAUAGUAAAGAUCUGAAGGCAGAAGAUUAGAGGUGAACAGAGUUCAUCGGAUAAUCUUGUAUUUUAUUUUACCUGUGGAUCUGAAUUUUCUAUGUUGUUAAUCUGGUGAUAUUUUGGUUGGCAUUUAUAGCAAUUACUUAAUGUGUUCAUGUUUAUUUUACAUGCCGUGUGAGAAGUAAAAGUAAUUUUUUAUCUAGUUGCAGUAAAUGGGUAAAUUAAGGAGAAUUUUUUUUUUCUACCUAUUGUUGUAAAAUAUGUAAUUUGCAGGUCAAAGGUCAUUUAUUAUGUGCCGUAAGCUCGUAAUGUUUCCAUUUCUAUAAAAAAGGUUAAGUUAGCCUAUGGUCAUUUUUAAAUACAAAUCUUAAAGGAAUAGAUAGCUUUUUUUUUAUCAGGAAUAAUUUUGAAACAUUCCUUAAUGUAGACUAUUAAGACAACUGGAGUAACCUUUUUUUACAAGAUGUAGUCAAUUAAACAUUUUGACACUAUCUCACAAUGUUCUAUCAUGAGUUAAGUUUAACAGUUUUACAGAUUAAAAAAAAAGAAAUUUGACAUGCAUAUCUAAACACAUGUAAAUGUACAUAUUACUUCAGCAAAGCCAAAAUACUGGCUUAAUAUAUCAACAAGCGUAGACAAAAAAAACUUUUUUAGUCAAAUUACUCAUAAUUGAAAUGUUUCUGAAGUAUUUUGUUAUUAUGGAUGUUAUAUACAUACAUCAAAAGUUUUGUAAAAUAUGAAGACGUUGUGUAUUUUCCACAAGUUUUUACGUCUCGUAUAUAAAAUAAUAUUAACAUUAGUAGGGGGUUACUUAUGGUUAACAGUAGAGAAGGUCGUUAAUUAAGGUGACCAGUUGGCUGACAGAAAACAAUGAGGGAAAAUGUGCACACCUUUCAGGGUGUCUAUGUCCGUUUAUCAUAUUUUUCGCAGCUUGCCAUUUCUUGUGUAGCUUUUAGAAAUUACUGGUAAGCGGGUUGUUGAGAUAAGUAUAGUAUUAACCAUUACAUAUCCAUUUCUGUGUAGAAUUAUACACUUAUAAAUACUUCCAUGAUGCUCACAAAACACAGAAUUAAAAGUAGAUAAAUCGCAAUUAGAGAAACUGUAAAAAACAGCUUUUGGAAAAGAAAUCUUCCUCAUUUUCCUCCAAAAAAAAAUGUCUUCUGAAACUGAUUGAAUUAUAACAGUAUCUUGAAAAUUAACUUUGGUAAGAGACAACUUUGAAUGCUGUAGUUUACUGAGGCUACUUAGGUUUAGCGGUAAUCCAGGAUUACAAAUUAGAUGAAUAGAUCCUAUUUAAAAAAAAUCAAAAAUUUUCAAGUAUGAAGAAAUAUAUUUUUUCUAGGUUUUUUUGAAUGAAUAUUUUUAUGUUGUUUUACUUGCAAGAAAUAUGAAGCUUUUUCUAGCAUUUGAUAUUUUUAAGAUUGUUUGAUACUCAGAGUACCCAAUUGUUGUAAUGAUAUUUUGUAUCUACAUAUUUUAUAACUUUGUGGUUUACUUGUAUAUUGUUGUUGUUGUUUUUUGGUCACAUUGUAUCUAGUUUAAAAUGUCUAGCAUUUUAACAUUUUUAACACGUAUUAAGAUGUUGAGAGUUAAUUAAAAAUUUCAAGUAAUUAUGAAUAUUGUUAAACAUUUUUCGAAAAGUGCCAGGAGUUGUGUGUGAACGUGCUGUGUAUCCACCAAAUACCAAAAGUAGUUUACAUCAGUACUCGAGGUGGGGUUGUAGCAUCCCAUCACAAAAUGUGUAUGAAUCUUUGUUUUUCUUAUGGCCACUUUAUAAGGACUUUUUUCCACCCCCAUUCCUGAAUACUCAGAAUGGACAUUUUGAAUUUUUUGUCCACUUUUUGUGUAGAAAAAAUAUCUGUUUUCAGUUAAGUUUUCUUCUCAUAUAUGUUGUUGACUUGUUAUAAAAAUGAAUUUGUCCAUCGUCCCAGAGAAUUCAUUCCGAAGGUCAGCUGCUAUCCCUAAUGUUUCGCACAGGGCUGCUGAAAAGUGAUUUGAAUCUUGGGAGUAGAUAAAAGAUGUGGGCUUCAGCCUUUACCUUUUAUGUCCCGUUUUAUUGGGGCCAUUUUUUUUGCAAGCCUCUUGGGUUUCCUAGGAGCUGGGGUAAUUGUUUCAGUAACUCCCCUGACCUCUUCCAUCUUGGCAGUUAUUCUACACUUACUGUUUACCUUAGAUCACCUCUAACCCAAUAGCAUUGCAUCAACAUUUGGCAACGCUUGUCAGCCACUAGUGAACAGCUUACAGUGCUAUUAUGUUCUUUAAUAAAAUAGAAAUAUUUACAGCUUGAUAACAGUUAACAACUUUUAAAACAGUUAAUAAAGUUUCUUUUAAAGUAGCCCACAAUAUUACCACCUUUUUUUUUUUGUUUUCACUUGGAGCACUGUUUUAUACUGAACCCCAUCUGUAGAAUCAGUGCUGCCAACAGUAGAAACUGUGUAGUGUGCAGUUUGAGUAUAUUUUUGUAGUAUUUUACAAUGUGUUUCAGUAUUUUAGAACAAAUGGGUGGAUUAAGAGUGGUAGUACUGUAUCUUGAAUCUAUUCUCAUUUUCCAUUGAAUUGUUUAUUUUUCUUUUAUAAGCUUAUUGUUUGUGAGAUUAUAUACGAUGAUUGCUAUUUUUUUUAUUUGUGAUAAUAAAGACAGUUCAAAUAACAA